CCCACCGGGAAUAACCAUUUCUUCACCGCACACUCAAGGCCAAUGUUACACACCAGGAAUUCCUUCCAGAAAGAGAUGGAAGAACAUGAAAAACAAGAUAUCGGGUGGGGGGCUUGAUGAAUCGAAUGAGUCCCGCAAUCUCCAGUCGAGGAAGAGACCCGAGUGUCGACGUGAUUUUCACUGUGUGCAGGUGUUUCCACACAUGUAGAAUAUUCAACGGGAUUUUCCUUCGAAUUCAAGUUGGUGCAAUAAUCUCCGGAGUUUUAUUCCUCCUGCUGCUGCUGGAGAUCUACAUCUACCUGACGACAGGUGUCUGCAAGAGCACCAAAAAAAUGAACGGUAAAACCGUCAUAAUAACGGGCUGUACCUCAGGUAUCGGUCUGGAAACAGCCCGAGACCUGGUGAAAAGAGGAGCGAGGGUCAUAAUGGCAUGCAGAAAUACCGAUGCGGCGACAAAACUCAAAGACGAUUUUGCCAGAGAAACUGGUAACAAUGAUAUUGUCGUACGAAAAUUGGAUCUCUCCUCCUUGAAAUCGGUCCGGGAAUUCGCUGAAGUUAUCAAUCGCGAGGAAAGGCGACUGGAUGUGCUGAUUCACAAUGCGGGAACUGCUGAGGUUUUCAGAAAAAAAUUAACUGAGGAUGGACUCGAAGCUACUAUGGCUACCAAUCAGUACGGCCCAUUUUUGUUGACGCACCUGCUCAUUGAUUUAUUGAAGCGAACAGCGCCCAGCAGGAUCGUCGUGGUCGCCUCGUGCCUCUACAAAAUGGCUUCCCUGAACCUUGAGAAUUUGAAUCCAACGGGAUCAUUCCCUGCGUACCUCUAUUACGUGUCAAAAUACGCGAACAUCGUGUGGACUCUGGAACUCGCCAAGAGACUGGAAGGAACAGGGGUGACAGUCAAUUGUCUCCACCCUGGUCUUAUCGACAGCGGAAUCUGGAAGAAUGUCCCAGUGCCACUCUCCUGGGGCCUCAGGCUCAUCGUCAAAGGGUUCUUCAAAUCUCCAGCCCAGGGCGCACAGACUUCCAUCCAUCUCGCAGUCUCUGAUGAAGUCAAUGGCAUCACUGGGAAAUACUUCUCAGACUGUCAGGAGACUCCUCUGACUGUCGGGGUCCAGGACCCGGCAAAGGGAAAAAAAUUCUGGGAGCUCAGUGAAAAUAUCGUCAAGUUGCAAUCAUCCGAUCCCAAAAUAUAAAGACUCUUUCUCUCACCCUGAGGAAAAAUUAUCUCUCGAGUAUUCAUUGAUUCGUGUGAAUUAUUGGUUCGAAAAAUCUUAUUUUUCAUUUUUAAGUGAAAAAUAUGAUAUCGAGAGACCGAAUAAUUCUCUCAAUUAAAUAAAUAUUUCGGAAACAUGUUUUUCCUCACUAUUGAAUGAAAAUACUCAUUUUAAUUGAGUAUUGAAUAUCUGUUAAUUUUUUAUUAAUUUUGUUGUGCGAUGUUCGGCAAUAGAUUUUCCGAGAAUAA